AUGAGGUUUGUAAUCCUGGAACCCGAUGGCAGAGGCAACGAAUUUGUUCUAACCGGCGACAAACUCGGACAAGACGUUCUUGACAAGGUAAAAGCAUUGAUGAUCUGAACAAGCUGAAGUUUGCUAAUAUGGCCCGAUGUUUUCUUUGAUUACGGCCAUGUGCAAUUUCACUGUUAGUUUAUUCUGUUUUCCGUAGGCUUGUGAGAAGCUAGGAAUCAAAGAGAAAAACUAUUUCGGUCUUCGAUAUAUUGCCAAUGACAACAGUGUGUGGUUAAAUUUGAGAAACCCUGUUUCCACUCAGCUUCGUCCGCAUCUGCCUGGGAAACCACAUCGCCUUCGACUGGAGGUUAAAUUUUUCGUUGCUCCACAAGAACUUCAACAAGAGGAAACAAGGUAUACAAUUCUGUUAGCUUCUGAUUUAUAAUAAUAAUAGGUUACCUAAGAAAGAUGGUAUUAAAGCUUAUCAGUGUAAUCAAAUACUUUGAAGUGUCGAGCAUGCAGUGAUCGAACUUUCCUUGCUUUGCUCUUUGUAGGCGUCAGUUUUAUUUGUGCCUCAGAAAACAAAUUUCUGAAGGAAAGUUCAACCUAACAAAAGAGAAAUCUGUUCAACUUGGCGCUCUUUCGGCUCAGGUCGAAUAUGGAGAUUAUACAGUAUACAGGAAGACGUCUGCAAAUUACUCCCAGCUUCUCAAUCCAUCCUGGACUAACAGGGAGGUGGAAAAACAAGUGGCUGAAGCCCAUAGAAAAUUAGAAGGAAUGGAGUCGUCAGCUGCAAGAGAUACAUUUCUGAAUGUCAUGUCUAAAGAGGAACUGUAUGAUGCCGAAAUUUUUAAGGCAAAGACUGGGCACCAGAAAGUUUUGGUUGCAGUAGGGAGUAGUGGUUUAAAAGUUUAUGAAAGGAGAGCUAACGGAAAACUCAAGCAGACGUAAGAUAGCAAUUUCUUGUUAAAAAAUUAGACUUAUAGUUAAUAAUGCAAUAAUUGUACCUGCAAAUGUAUUAUUUUGUACCUUCAAUCGGCGUCAAAGUGAGUUGAGACACUUCCUCCCUCAUACCUUCCAUACAAUGUUGUGCCGCUGUUCGAGCUACCUUUAGAAAACAACAAACACCCCAACUUUGAAUGGAGGGGACAGGGGAGGGGUGUGGAUUCUUUUGUUCUCUGAAGUUACCCCAUUUGAGUACAAUGUCUCAACAAUUUUGAUGCGGAUUAUUGGUACAGUAAGUAAAGGGUACAAAUCUCAAAGGGGUAAGAUUGGAGAACAAAUUAAUCAACACCCCUCCCCCUACAGGUUGCUUGAACAGCAGCAGAACAUUGCAUGGAGGGGGUGUGGGUCAAGGAAAAGCUUCAUUUUCCCUUUUUUAGGUUGGCAAAACCUUAGAGGGGUCCUUUAGGACAAUUAGUGUCUCAACUAAUUUGGACAGCAAUUGUAGCUUGUCCGUUGGACAAGUAGCUUUCAUGUUUUCUUGCUUGAGACCAUUACUUGCUUGUCUUAGUUGAUGAUUUACAUGUGAAAAUCUCGGAACAUGGCAAGCAACGGCCACAUACACUGUACAUAGAGGAUAAAUCUUUGAAACUGAAAAUAUCGAUUUACACUUAUUGAUAGCUUGCUGAAGCUGGCAAUUCAAACAGUUACAGAACACUGCACGGCAGCACUGAUCAGCACUGUACAACAUUGUUCUUUCGGAAAACAAAAAUAAUUUCACAGAGAAACCUUGCUUCUCGAUCCUUGAUCAUCGGAACUUGAGAAUCGUCCCUCGCAUCUUCCAGACUCGAUCCUUGCAUCUUGAAACUCGAAUUGUUCAAGCUUUGAGACGUGAGGAUCGAGUCUCGAGUUUCGAGCUUCAAAUGUCAACUUACUUUUGUUGGUACUCUAGAUUGAGAUGACUUGCCUGGACCCUUGCCCGUAAGGCAGGUGAACUAUUAUUAAAAGUUACUUUCCCACUGAGAAAGUCUGCUAGUCCUACUACUAUACAGGACUUUUUCAAGCCCAGUGUCCAAAAGCAUGGGUCCUUUACUUACACAAAAAGGCUGCAGUCUUCAAUUUGGUCAGGCUAUUUUAUUGAACAUUAAAUUGUACCAAAAGUGAGAAAGUUAAAGUUACUCAGCAGACAAAGACAAAAGGAAAAGAUUUCAAAGCCAAUUUACCCACUCUGUUGAUGGCAGUAAUGACUAGUAAAAAAAGCGAGUAAGAUCAGUUAGUUUCCACAAAACUUAAUAUUCACCCUCCCACAAAAAUUUAAUGCCACAUGGUUUACUUACGAUAUGUUACCUAAUAUUUUUGCCACCCACAGUAUUGGAUUUGAGAGCAUAUUGAAAGUGAAUGUGUCUGAAGAGCGACUGAUUGUGGUAUUAAGGAAAACAUCAGAAAGCAGCAAGCUGAAUUUUGUUCACUUCUUCCUGGCAAGUGGUGAUGCUGCAAAGGCAAUCCACAAGGCUGUCAUGGAGCACCAGCUUUUUUUCUGCUCAAGUAAAGUGCGACGAUCAGUUCUUAACCAUUACUUGCUUUCCACUCCCUGUUGGGCUCUGCCAGCCAAAUGGUUCACCAAGACUCCCUCAGGGGACCUCUACCACCUAGAUGUCAAGCACACAAGGCGCCAAUCGUAUGAUCUUCACUACAGAAAUGUUCAUAGUGACGGUGGUGCGUUCAGACAUGAUUGGGAAUCAGAAUGUUCCAAAUGUAAUUCAAAAGAAGCAAAUGUGCUUUUCACACCCUGCGGCCAUCUGGUAUAUUGUGAGGGUUGUGCCAAAGAUGAAACUGUCUGCCCAGUUUGUAAUCAUACAUCAACAACCUGGCAGCGAGUUUAUUUCUCCAAUGAUGCGGCAUGCGAUGAUUGGACCUGCCAGAUUUGCAUGGACUCUGAAAUCAACACCGCAUUUUCUCCCUGUGGUCAUGUGUGUUCAUGUGAGGACUGUGCAUGCCAUCUACCUUACUGCCCCAUAUGUAAGACUUUCAUAACUUUUGUGCAGCGAAUGCAUGUCCAGUUCCCAGACCACCUGUUCAAAGAUGAUGUUAGUGAUGAUGGCUGUGAUUCAGCAUCUGAACUUACAGAGUUUUCGUAGCUCCAAGUAUCAGUGUGGUUUUCAAAAAAAGGUUAAAAUAAAUUAGAUUUU